CUUGUGUGUCUGUCUGUCCGCAGAAGGGCAGCAUGGUGGCCGCGGAGGACUUCGUCUCACUGGGUGUCUACUCCUUCACCUUCGUACUGGGCCUCCCCUCCAACCUGCUGGUGCUGUUCGUGUACGUGCAGAAGGCCCGCAAGCACGGCGCCACGCCCAGCGUGGUCUACGCGCUCAACCUGUGCAUGGCCAACCUGGCACUGGUGGUCUGGAUGCCGGUCAAGGCGCUGGAGACAGUGCUUCAGGGGUGGGCGCUGCCCGCAGCCAUCUGCCCAAUCUACAGCUUCUUCCUCUUCUCGUCCAUAUAUGGCAGCUGCCUCUUCCUCACGGCGGUGACGGUGGGCCGGUACCUGAGCAUCGCCUUCCCCAUCACCUACAAGCUGCACCGACACGCCCGCCUCUCCUGCGUGAUCAGCGCCAUCUUGUGGGCGCUGGUGCUGCUGCACCUGAGCCUGGGGCUGGUCGUGGAGCAAGGCGGCUACUUCGUGUCGCCGGUGAGCGACGGCAACAGCAGCAGGGGAAGCGGCCUGGCGUGCUUCGAGAACUUCACCGAGACGCAGCUGGAGCUGCUGCUCCCGCUGCGCCUGGAGAUGGCGCUGUUGCUCUUUCUGCUGCCGCUGCUGAUCACGGCGUUCUGCACGCUGCGCUGCGUGGCGCUGGUGGGUCGCUCGAAGCUGCCGGCCGGCGGCAAGCGCCGCGUGCUGGCCAUCGCCUGCUCCACGCUGGCCGUGUUCGUGGUGUGCUACGCGCCCUACAACGCAUCGCACGUGGUGGGCUACGUGCUGAACCAGAGCGUGAGCUGGCGCCGAGAGGCCAUGCUGACCAGCUCGUGCAACAUCUUCCUGGAGCCUAUGGUGAUGCUGAUGCUCUCGACCACCGGGCCCCGGGGCCUCUGUGCCUGUCUGAGAGACGGCGGAGGUGGUGGUGGGGGGGGGACACGACAGAGAUCCAGCCAAACGAACGCCCACCCAACAGGGCCACCCGCAGCUGUGAGGCAGAUGAGUGGGUCUCAGACGGUGGCACAGAGGCCCACAUCCCCAGUUUCACAACCACCUGACCUUACCAGCCCAGAGAAGCCACCAGGGAGGCUCAUGAACAAGCAUCUGCCUUGACUCUGUAUCUCUCAUUUUGGACUUGGUCUUGACUUGGACUCAAAC